UCUUAUCGACUGAGUGGUGAUCAUCAAAAAGCAAUCGCUAUAUGGAAAGAGAACACCCUUCCAGUUUACGAAGAGCAACUUGGUGACCACCCCUGGACAGCUUCAGUUUUGUCCUACAUCGCUGACUCGUACAAGUCCCUUGCGGCUAAAGGCUCUGAGCAAGAUUACAUCGAACAGGCAGAGAGGUACUUCAGGAAGGCUCAAGAGCUACGAAAGAGGCUGUUGGGUCAUCAUCAGGAUACAGCUCGUUCGUGCGUUCAGCUAAGCGAUGUCUUAGUCCUUCGAGGACAAUUCGACGAGGCUUUGGAGGAGCUCGAUGAAGCCUUAGUAAUUCAAAACGAUAUUUUGGGCCCCAACCACAAGAUCACGAAGGACACUGUGAGCAAA